CUGCAAUGAUAUUAUGCAUACCUCUAAAAUUUACACACGUGAUCCGUCUAGUUGAACCUUAAUCAUGUCUGAGUCAGAAGAAAGCUCUGUUGUGUCUUUGAGUACACGCCAGUGGGCCGUUUUGGCAGAGCAUUUGGAUUCCCAAAUUUUAAACGAGUUCCUUGUCAAUGAGCUCCCUUUCAUUAGGAGCAACAAAGCUGAAGGCAGUCAUCGAGAGGAAACGCGAAAGCUUCAAGUUGAUCAACUGAAACGUUUAGUUAGUAACGAUUCUAAUAAGCUAUCGUUACUGACAGCUGAAAUUUCAAGCAGACAACCAGAGCUGGCCAAACGUAUGAAUCUGGUUUGUGCAGGAAUGGACUCAUCCCCACAGUCGUCACGUAAACAAGGAGGUAUCAAAAUUGCUGAUGUAGAAGUCGGAUUAGAGUUACCUCAACAUCCUAGAAGAAGCAGCGAAGCAGAUGAGGAAACGCGGCGUCUUUUUCAGCCGGGUCCUGGAGCGCUGAUGGCUAAUCUCGACAUAGAGAAAAACCUUGAAGACAGAAAUGCAGAACACUUGCUGCCGUUUUCUUUAUCUGAUACUGGGAACAGUCUUCUAGCAUCUACCAUUGCAGAGCAAGAUAGCGACAGCGAAAUGUCCGAACCGCCCUCAGUCUUGGAAUUGUCUUCAAUGUCAGUGACAGCAGAAAGCAAGAACCAAACCAAAGUAUCACCGAAUAUUUCUGGACACUUAAUUCAACCAGGUGACAAGAAAUUUAUUGCAUUUUGCGACUUAAUGAUUGGAAAGCAGGAGAAAAGAGAAACAGACGAAAGCCUUUUGAUUGUAGAAACCGAUGCUUUCAAUGCUGAUAUCUUGCUAGAUUGCUACAAACAAAGUCAGGCAUCUGGAAAUGGUCUGGCUUUAGUUAUAAAACCGUAUUUGGUUGAUCUCUUGAAACGACAGCAGAGUUUAGAUGCUGUUUGCAGUUUGAAAGAGUUGAAAGGAAACAGCAGGAAGUCGCAAGUAAGAAAAGAAUUGCCUUCAGAUUAUUUUAGUUACAAGCACAAAGACUUGUUUAUAGCACUGCUAGAGGUAACACCAUCUCACAGUCACAGUCGGUUGAUAAAUUUGUGCGCUAAACUCAACCGUCCUGUCCCGUUUCUUUAUAGAAAGGUUCUGAAAAACGGAAACAUUGGAUUUCAGCUUGCUGCAAGUGGAUAUGACGAACUUCUUUGUCGUCCCGUUGACCCACUUUUGGUUUCUUACGGAACUACAUCUGCUAUUCGUAAAGGAAAGACGAAUCUUUUGGUCAACCUGUUUGGUUUUAGUGAACAAUCAAAUGCUCUGUCCUUAGAAUCUAGUCCAGGCGGUCCGUGUCACAAACUGUCUAUUGACAUGGUCUUUGAUGCAAAAUUGUCAUUUGAAGAAAGGACAAUAACCUUUAUAGUAGCCGAUGCACAUGACUAUAACAGCAACAGCUUCGGCUUCAAUCUUGUUUUGGGCAUUUUGUCACAAGCAGCCGUUUGUACUAUUUUGCAUGUUACUUCAAAAGACUUCAGUCCUGAAGGCAAGCCAAACACUGAACUUUCUUGCAUUUUAAGCUCUUGCUUAAAGGUUUGGGAAAGGCCAUCUCACCUGGCUCUUUUUUGGCGCGACUAUACAGACGAAGAGGAGAGUUUGAUUGUCAAUGCAAAGUCUAACGUUUCUAGCCUAUUCUCUGAUUCUAAGAUAACAGCUCAUUUCUAUAAAAUUUUGAAUUUGAAGGAAGCAAACGAAGUCGAAGCAGAUGCUUUGUUUGACGACUUAAAAAACGAGUUGAUGACAACUUUGCAACAAAUUUCAACAAGUGUUCAUAAUGCUAUGCCUUCCAUAAAACACAUAACUCAUGCAAUGUCCUUUUCUGGUAUAUGUUUCAUAGCUGAAGCAAUCGACGACAUGCAAGUGUCCAUACCGACCAAUCAUAAGGAGGCUGUCCUAAGUUUAGGAAAAAUUAUUCACUUGUUCUUGGACCAGCAAUUUGAAAACUCCGAAAACGUCACGGAGUGUCUUUUUCCUGCCUCGACGACUGUUCAACGUAUUGUUGCUUUAGAAGAAAGUAUGCGAAAGCAUGCUCGACAAGUUUCGUGUGAUCAUAAAGCCAUUGCUAAACUAGAGGCAGAAUCGGUAGCGUUGAAGAGAAAGAAGAAUCAUUGCAGUACCUCAAAAAUUGUUAAACAAUUUGCUACGAUUAUCUCAGUUAACGGGACUGAAGGUAUACAGGAGUUUGCCAGACAACUGGAGGCUUGGAAGAAGCCAAAAUGCGAACCUCUCAUUCAAGAGCGACGUGAACUACAGAGUGAUUAUGAAAAAAAAGCUGCUUCACGCAAGACAGCAACUAAUAACGAAGCAAAAGAGCUUGUCGACGAUAACGUUGCAUUUAUUAAGAAUCUUAUUCAAAAGAAUUCUCGACGUCUUAAUUCCUAUGAUAUAUCAAUUGAUCACUUCUGGAGCGAACUAAUUUGUCUAUGUGAAGUAUCAACGCAAAACGAACUUGGCCGAUCUGUGACUCUUUUGAAAAAGGAAUGUGGCCUGUCUCAGUCUCAGUUGUGUACUGCGUACACGCAAUGCGUUAUGAGAGGUUAUCCAAUUCAGCUAUUGCGAGGAAAUCCUUUACAUAUGCCUAGUGAAUUUAUGUCAGAAGUUCUCAGAUCGAUCCAGGUAGAAAGUACACGUCAGCUGUUUGUUAUUUCAGUCAUAGGAGCUCAAAGUUCUGCUAAAUCAACACUCCUUAAUUAUCUAUUUGGAUGUGGAUUUGCUACCCGAGCAGGUAGCUGUACUAAAGGCUUGUACGUUUCUUACAUGCAAACAAAAGAUUUAGAUCUUUUAGUUCUCGAUUCCGAAGGAUUGAUGUCUGUAGAAUCGGGGGGACGUGACUUUGACAAUCAAGUAACUCUCAUGGCAAUGGCAUGCUCUCACAUAGUGAUCAUUAAUCACAAAGGAGAUUUGUCUAGGCAACUGCAAGAACUGCUGGAAGUUGCUUUGUACGCUAUGCAUUAUUUAGAGGUCACUAGAUGGAGACCUGAUGUUCUCUUUGCACUUAGGGAUCACGUGGAACGUGACUAUGAAGCGCUUCAUCGUCAGUUGGCAAGCAUGCGCCAAAGCCUAGAUGAAAACGCUGGAAAAAUGAAUUUUGAUGUAAACAGCUUGCUGAAGCUUGAUGCUGAUUCUCUAUUUUUACUACCACCCGCAUUUGCCAACGAAAUUUAUUGUGGACAGGAAGUAAAGCUUCCCACAGUGCUUUUCUCGAACGAGGUAUUUGCACUAAGGCAAAAGAUAUUUAAUGCUUAUCGCACAAGAUUGGAACGGCCAGAUGAUCAUGCAGGUGAUCUGUUGUCUCUAGAAGAAUGGUUAGUACAUGCUAGAUCAGUUUGGAACAAUAUCAUGUCUUUUGGAGGCAAUUUUGUUCAUUUCGAAAGUUUGCAGCAAAUAGAGCAACGAAAAGAAAUCGUCAAUACGUUUCACAAAAUCACCAAUGACGUUUUGGAGUCGGGUAACGGCUACAGAGCACAAUGCGAAACUAUUUUACGUUCGUUUUUUAUACAGUCUCAAGGACAUAGUUUAGAUAAUCGAGAGCUAUUGUUUUUGGACAGAUUUUGCGCAGACUUGGACUGCGUCACAGAGAACACCAAAGAGAAAGCAAUUCAACUGUUUGCCGAAGCUUUUAAGAAGCGUCCUUACGGACUUCAAUGGAAGGAUGAGUUUGAAAUAAGAUUAGAUUCAUGCAUAAACGAAGUCCGAUCGGGAAUUUUGCGAGCAUGGCAUCGCUGGGUAGAGAGAGUUAAAGACAACGCCAGAACAGACGAGAUUGAGAAGUCUCUUAUGAAGGAUAUGGACAGAUUCUUGGAAGAAGGAGGUAGUAUAGAAGCAAUGUCAACUGCCGAGCUACAAACGCAGUUUGAUCGUAUCUGGGACGAUCAUUUCAAAGGAGCGAAACAAAAGCUUGAAGAAAGCUUAACUCCGCCUGACAUUCAAGAGACUGUCGUUUUCAAUCGGUUCAAGCAUCAAAUUGACAGAAGUGCGUUUUCAGAUAACAUAUUUCGUGUACUAAAGAUAGAUGUCAAUCACGUCCCCUCCCAAGAAGCAUUGUUGACGUCACAACCGCUGCAACAUUACGUGGUUUACGUAAAACACUCAAGCGGAUGGAGAGUGAAGCACAAAGUGACCCAUGCAAUUCCUGCAAAUUUGCCUUACGAAGCGUACAAAGCGGAAAAGAAACUAGAAGCUGCCAGAUACCUUAAAGGGGAAGUUUAUGCCAUGUUUCGAAAGUUGCGCAAUGACAUUUUGCAACAAUCGGAAGACCUGGAAGGGCCAAUAUUAGGAUCGUUAAUGAAACGAACUAACAAGGCUAUUGCUUCUAUCGGUCGCGAAUUAGAAUCCAAGUUUGAUGUAAAUCUUCAAUAUACUUUAUUUGCAAAUGCUGUUUAUGACGAGCUCAAGUAUGAAGCACUGGAAAAACUGAACAGCAAAGAAAGAGAUGAAGUAGAAGAGAAAAUGAGAGAGUUACAAGAUCGCAAGGAACAAAUAUCUCAGAGAGCAAUGGCAAGACUUCAUGGACAACAGAGUGAUAUCGCUAAAGCUUGGUCGGUAGCAGGUAGCAUUUAUAGUUGUUUGAUCGAUUGGGCCAGAAACGAAACCUUAAACUAUUCCCUUAAAGCAGAGCAAAGUAUCAAAAGUCAAAUGCCAAACGCUCGCGCAGCAGCGGUGAAAGCGUUCGAGUCUAGCUUUGAAGAGGAAGAUUGGGAAGCAGUCGUAGAAUAUUGUAUAGAUGCAAACAAGUUCUUAGAAAAAUUGUUUAAUAAACGUUUUGGCAAACUGGAGCAAGGAAUCAUUUCUGAAGACCUGGCAAAUAUGAACGAGUACAUUUCAUCCAAACUAAAAAGACUAAAGUCUCUGAUUUCUAAAUGGUCUGAGAAAGAGAAAAAACACUUUACGACACUGGGCUUUCUACACUAUGCCAGCAAAGUUUUUCCUAAGCAAACUGAUGAACGCCAGAAGUUUAAUCUUCCUUCACUAGGUCUUGCAUGUGAGCUAGACCUGUUGAGUCAAAUUCCAAAAGACUUCGAAAUCGCUGAUCUUAAGCAGUUUGCUAAUGCUGUAGUAGCGAGCAUUGAAAACAAAGUAAAAACAGGAAAAGUUGACGAAAUGGUAGUAGAACUAUUUAAACGUGAUUUGAUGAAAGUUAAUCGUGAACUUUGGAGAAAGGUAAGAGGAUGUCAAGAAGUUUGCCCCCUCUGCAACUCAAAAUGUGACCGAGAUGAGAUACAUUUACAACUAAAUCAAAAGCAUCAAUGCCGCAUUCAUCUGUUGCCAGCAUUUCACGGAAGUAGAAUCACUGAUGGCCACGCACCUGUACUCGAUUGCUGCACUUCUGCCGCUGUAAGAAAAAUUAAAUGGAGACGCAAGGACGAUCCUGAUGAAGAAAUGAGGACUUUUGAUAAACAUAUUAAACACCACUGGCCGCAAUGGGACAUUCCUUUAUCAAAACAUUCCCUUGGAGUUGCUCUAGAGUCGAGGUUAAGAAGAGCUUGGGUGAACUGCCGCAAAAGGUUAAUCCAACGUUAUGACAUGAAAGACACAACUCCUCAGGAAUGGAUUGAACUCUACGAGCAGGAGAAUUCUUUGAAACAAUGAACGUUUUCUUUUUGUGCUCAUAGUUAACCUAUUAACAUUUACUGUUGCAAUGGUAAUAACACUUGAUAAUUAUUUCUUAAAAUUUGCUAGAUUGUUGUCAUUGUUGCCUUUGAAUAUGUUAUAUUGCUUGCAGUGUUGUCAAAGGUGGUUGAAACAAAGACAUUUUAGCAAUGUGUCGCUUAUUGUUAGCAUUUAUACAAAUUUGUAACAAAUAAUGUUUUUUACGGAUAAUUUUAAACACUAUUAUUAUUA